AUGGCCUCGCCUGGGCCGGCUGCUGUCUCGCCGGCCUCGCUCGACCUGGUGGCUGCCUCGCCUGGGCCGGCUGCCGUCUCGCCCGGCCCGAUGCCGGCCUCGCCUGACCUGGUGGUCUCUCCGCCUGGGCCGGCUGCCGCUUCGCCCGGCCCCGAGGCUCAGUCGCCUGCACCGGCAGGCCCCGUCUCGGCCUCCAGUGGGCUGGCUUCACCCGGAGCGACGCCGCCUGCCUCCCUGGUGCCAGGGAGUUCUGGUGCCAGCGAGUUCUGGUGCGAGCUCGUCGGGUGGCUCGGUCUCGCCGCUGUCACCAGUGCCGAGAUCGGUGUUGCCAGCACAGCCUGA